AUGUCUGACGAGAAAAUUCAGCAAUUUCUGGCUCUGUCCAAUGCGUCUUUAGACGUAGCUCAGACCUAUUUAGCACAACAUCCAGAUUUGGGAGAUGCUUUGGACGCUUUUUACGCAGCUCAAAACGGUGAUUCAAGCGUUUCUGAAGAGCAAGGGUUCACUCAGGGCUCAAGGGAGACUGAACCACCGAGAUAUAAAUCUCCGGGCCCCAGAGAAUCUUCCUCUGCGAUCAGAAAAGCUCCUUCUUCGGGUCCCAGAAGAAGUGGAGGCUCCACUUCCAAGUUCAAGAGCUUUUCUGACAUUUUGAAGGAAAACAGCCAGGACGAAGAAGACGAACAAAGAAACACGUUUGCUGGUGGUGAGACUUCAGGUUUGGAGGUAGCUGAUCCAAACGACUCUGACUCGUUGAUCAGAGAUCUGCUGGAAAAGGCCAGAAGAGGUGGUCAAAGGCCAGCAAGCCCAGACGGAGAAGACUCCUCAGCAGCAUCACAAAAACAAGCCUCAUUCGUGGGCAAAGGAUUCAGACUUGGUUCGUCCCUCGACGUACCUACAGAGGUGGUCAAUGAUAUUGCUGAAGAGCGUUUGCCCGCCAGACCAUCAAAAGUUACUCGUGAGAUUACAUUCUGGAAAGAGGGAUUUCAAAUCAACGAGGGAGAGCUCUACCGGUAUGACGAUCCUGCCAACAGUUACUUUUUGAACGAAUUGAACCAGGGAAGAGCUCCUUUGAAACUACUCAAUGUGGAAUUUGGACAAGAGGUUGAAGUAAACGUCAAGAAGAGGCUAGAUGAAAGCUUUAAGCCGCCAAAACGCAAAAUCGGCGGCUUCCACGGGAAAGGCCACAGACUGGGGUCUCCAAUUUUGGGAGAAUCGCUCUCUCCCGAGCCCGUUGAAGAGCAAACCACAGCAGAAGACGAUGAGGGCAAAGAAGAAAGCGAGAAACCUGAGGGUGACACCAGCGUUCAGAUCCGGUACGCCACUGGUAAGAGGGAGGUUUUACGCUGUAACUCAACAGACACUGUAAGAUUCUUGUACGAUCACGUAAAAAGUGAAUCUGGCGCUAACAGGACUUUUACUUUGAAUCAUGCCUUCCCUGUGAAAGUCAUCGAUAGUUAUGACUGUAGUCUAAAGGAUGAGGGACUAUGCAACGCUGUUGUAGUACAGAGAUGGGUCUAA